GAACCGAAAAACCCCCUACCCCGGCCAGAAGGUUGCCAUGGUUUCUACGUAGCGUCUCUUCCUUUUCGGCUUCGUUGUCCCCAUGCGAUGACGCAACUUCCGCUUCCUGUUGGGGCGCGCUUCCAGUUGGCUGGGUACUAAGGGGUCCUGCAGAUUGAAGACUUAAAUCCAAGGUCAUGGCAAAACAUCUGAAGUUCAUUGCCAGGACUGUGAUGGUACAAGAAGGGAACGUGGAAGGUGCAUACAGGACUCUAAACAGAAUCCUUACCAUGGAUGGGCUCAUUGAGGACAUAAAGCGACGUCGGUAUUAUGAGAAGCCUUGCCGUCGACGACAGAGGGAAAGCUAUGAAACCUGCCGGCGGAUCUACAACAUGGAAAUGGCUCGCAAGAUCAACUUCUUGAUGCGAAAGAAUCGGGCGGAUCCAUGGCAGGGCUGCUGAGGCCCGUGGAUAGGAGGCCCAGUAUGAAAACCCUUAGCAGUUGUCUGCACCUCUUUUCUUCCUCCAAUCCCAUUUACCUUUCUUAAAAUAAACUCAAUCGCAUAUAUGCAAGAAGCAA